CGGUAUAUAAGACCGUGCUACCAUCCGAAGACACCAUCAAUCUGAAAAUGAGGGCCACAUCGAUCAUCUUAUCAGGAGUUCUUGUCCUGGUCGCUUGCCUAUUGAGGAGUAGCGAGGCGGUGACCUGCACCGCCGACCCCAAUGUCACUGGAUGCAUCGACUGCACCACCAGUCCAAGCGAUCCGGAGUGCGUGGCUGAGGCCGCUAAUACCACUACGAAACCCGCAGAUGGAACAGAUACCACGACACCCACCACAGGAGGAAGCACCGAUGCGACCCCGGCGGGAUCUACAACGCCUACUUCGCCAAGCGGCACUGUCACUCCAGCUCCGACCAGCUCACCUAGUGACUCCACGUCGCCCAGCGACUCCACACCCACUUCAAACAACGCGGCUGCUGUGGCCAGAAGGAGGAGGAGGAUGGCGGCCAGGAGGCGCGCUCAAAGGAGGAGGCGUGCACAAAGGAGGAGGGACCAGAGGAGGAGGAGGGCCCAAAGGCGCAGGAGGCAAAACCAAUCGGGCUAAAGCCAACAUUCGAUUUUAUAAAAUUUAAAAAAAAAUACUAAAUAAAACCUAUAUUCAGCAUCC